UCCGCCUUCGGGUCUCGAGUACCCGGGGAGCGACCGCCGGGACGUUCGGAUCCCGGCGGAGAAUAUUCCAUGGCGACGUCGCUGCCGGCGCACGCGCUGGGAGACGUGUUGGAUUGGUGAGAGGAGGUGAACAACUCUACCCUGUGGCAGGAUCGCAUCUUCCACGCCCUCGCCGCCCUCUUCGGACUUGUUUCCGCUGUCGCUCUCGUAAUGUUCCUUUCCAAUAUAUGCAAAAAUCGUGAUCCGAUUUAUUUUAUUCCUCUCUGAUGAACGAUCAUUUUCGUCUGCCACGGAAUCGGUUUGUCCAUGAUAGAUGCAUGGUUCAAGAAUUUGGUACCUCUGGCUAACGAUUCUUGGGGAUAGGUAUAGGUUAUGAUGGAGCCGAGAAAUUUAGCGAAUUAUAGGAUAGGUAUAUGUAUAUAAUAUGUUACUUUUGUUGUGAUUCUUUGGUUCAGGUAUUAAUAUAAAAUUUGAACAACCAAUGCAAAUCGGUAAGGAGAUGCUUCGUGAAAUCUGGCUGCACGUCGAAUUAUUGUAUGCUAUUAGUUUCACUCUUUGGUUAAUUGAAAUAAUCUAGUACACAGAUACAAUUGGUUAGAACCGAGUUCAGAGUGCCAGAGUUUGGUUGGACGAUACAGGUCUUUCAUUUCUUGAAUUUCCUGGUGAAUGGAGGUAAGGAUCUAGCUUUACUGAUGUUAUACACUCUGGUACAAUGUGACGAGGACUCAAAGAGGUGUUUACAUCUGCUUUUUCUGGCAAACGUGGUUCUUAUCUUCUGCAGUCAGAUCACUUGUCUUCAUUUUUCUUCGGGGCGUCCAACAAAUAAAGCCUGAGGUUUGACUCUCUUAUUUUUUUGUUCUCCAUAGGUAUUGAGUCGUUCUUACAGUAGCUUAUCUUACAGAUCGCCCAACAUAUUCUUCUCGAUUUGCCUGGUCUUGCAUUCUUCACUACCUAUGCACUUUUGGUACUGUUUUGGGCUGAAAUAUAUUACCAUAUUUAUUUUUAGCUUUUCUGUGUUGUUUUAUUUUGGUCAUGGUUCAUAUGAAUGUUCAGCCAGUUUAUUUUCACUAAAAUGGAAUGUCAUGCAGACACAUUUGAUAUCUACUGAUGGCCUUAUACCAUGUUUCUAUACAAUUAAUGCAAUGGUUUAUGCUAUCCAGGUAAUGACAUGGUUAAUUGUAUGUUGGACAAGUAGCAUAAGUAUCAUUCUUGUGUCAAUCCUCUUUUAUCUUAUUACAAGUUGAACUUCCAACAAUUAUUCUGCACUCAGCUGUUUUUUAAAUUAUUAGCUGGUGUUCAGAAUGUGAAAGAAUGAUUUCUACUGGCUUUUUCAGUUUUUGGAAAACUAAUCUGUAUAAGAUGAUUUGCAAAUGAAAUUUUGUUUCCUCAAAAUUAGAUGUGUGCAACAAGUAUGUUGUGUGUGACUAAUUGGUUCUUGGUUAAGCUAAUAUAUGAUGUAGAUGUAUUAUCAUUCUUAUUCAAGUUUUCUUUCCGCUACCAUGUGGCCAUCUAGAGUGCAAUAUUUCAGAGUUAAAUAAGUCUAUAAUAAGAUUCAAUAGAGUCUUGUGACCAGCUAUCAAUUUGACAUUCACCUACUGUACAAGGCCAAUACAAGCCUUGCACCAGGCUAUACCGCUACCUUUCAGGUGCAGCUACUCAACUAGUCGUUGGGAGCGACUGUGGGGCUCUGUAAACUACCCCCACAAGCCUCAUUCUCCUCCCCCCCCCCUUCUCUCUCUCUCUCAUUUUCUUUCUAGUCUCUCUUAGACUCAAUUCUGUCUUAAAUCCCUUCCAAAUUCAUUGAAGAUCAUUAGGGGAGUUUGAUUUCCAUGAGAAGAAGAUGAACUCAAGAUCUAGACCAUUUUCCCUUCACAUCAAGGUGAAUCCAAGCCUUAUUUGUAAGUUAAUAUCAUGCAAUUAGGUUUAGGUUUAUGUUUAUUCUUGCAUGCCUAGGCUAAAUUUCAAAGAUUAGAUCUAAUUUAGAGCUUGAUGUAAUAUCUAAAUUUUGGUUGAUUUAUGUUAAAUGAUCUAACUUUGUAGUUUAAUUGUACAUGCCAAGAAGAAUCCCAAAAUAGGAUUAGAAAGUUUUCUUUUUCAGACUUCUGAAAGUUAGUAUAUACCAGCACUGAUACAAGGUAUAGUACUAGCCAGACCCAUACCAGUUCGGGCCCUGAAAUUAACAACACUGGAUAGCAAAACUUCCAUCUUAGCGUUCACUUUUAGUUACCCUCAUCAUUCAUCAUUUUUUGUGCAUUAAUAUGAACAUAUAUCUUAUGCAAAUUUUAGCACCAUAUGGUAAUUCUUUCUCAAUUUAUUACAUAUUAUUUGUAAAACGUCAUAGGAGGUCGUUGUACUACCUGUAACGGAAGUGCUACGUAAUUGUAACAAGGUUUUGUGAAUCCCAUCUUUUAGUAUGCAUAAUUAGUUUUCUUUUCAAGAUUCAUUUUUUGAAUUAAAAAUGGAAAUUUUAUCAGGCUUUUGUCCCUUUUUUGCCCCCAAGUAAAAUUUUUUUUCUAACUUUUGAACUUGUUCUCAUGGAAGAUGAUAAAGUUCUUGUUAGAUGGGUCUAAGAGGCUAGAAUGAAUUCUUUGUAGUCAUAUCUUAUUUUACAUUUCUACACUUUGCACUUUGGUUGCUCUUAUGGUGGAAGCCCAUCCAAGCGAUAGUUAUCCUAUCCAAGAUCUUCUUUGCAGGUUUUAUUACCGAAUAUAUGGAUUUUAUUUUGUUGUUUAUGAAUUCGAUGAAAUGAACUAUAUAUUUAUAUAUUUUUACAGGUGUUUCUUUGUUUGUUGCCAUUGGAUUUCUUUUAUAUGGAGGGAGGCUCUUCUUCAUGCUGAAACUCUUCCCUGUUGAAUCAAAAGGGUGAUGGAAAAUGUUACAAGAGGUUGGCUAUGUUACCACUGUCUGUUUCUUAUGUUUCAUGUCACGAUGUAUUAUGGUGUGGUUCAAUGCCUUUGAUAAGGCUGCAGACAUUGAUGUUCUAAACCAUCCAAUUCUGAACUUCAUAUUCUACUUGCUUGCUGAAAUUAUUCCUUCAUCCCUAGUCCUUUUCAUUCUAAGAAAACUGCCACCUAAGCGGAAGAUUACUCAAUACCACCCACUCCACUGAUCCAGGAAUUAUGUGCCUUUAUCCAUUUUGAGUUCCCCGUAAGAAACAUAGAUUGUUUUGCAAAGUUAAUGUUCCAUCAUUCUAAUCUGCAACAAGGGGUUCAGAAAAGCUGCAACUAUCACGGUUUGUCAUGGGCUUGCAAUUUGCUCCUGAGAGGCUGUUGAUCAUUGGGAAUAUUAUCAAGAUGAUCAAAGCAAUACACAUGCAGAUAAUUCAUUCGAGUUACCUUUCUGAGUGAGACGCAUGAUGUCAAACCGGAUUGGACACUGUGAUCAAACCGAUUUAUAUCGUCUGGUAUUUAGAACCCAUGAUCAAAAUUAUAGUGCAAUGAACAUUAUAAUAUAAAGAGAGAGUAUUCACAUACCGUCUGUAGUUGGAACAAAGUGCAGGAUUCAUCUGGAGAGCUGUUCGACCAGAGCUUGGGCAAAUCAAAUGUGCUCGAGAUUGGACGAUCUCAGCCGUCAAAUGUCACCCGCGAAAUGCUCCAAAGUUUCUCAUCUCACCCACAGCAGCGAACGCUCCACGUAGCGCUAAGGAAACCUCCCGAGCGGUUCCAGCACAAAAGGCAAUAGGAUCAGCUGCUGCUCGUCUU